UCCCUCAUGCUGGAGUGUGCACUGGAUGCCUUUACAAAGCGGGAUACUCUGGGAAUAAUAAUAAUAAAAAAAAGCCUCUGCUCCACGAAAGGGGAUGGAGUCUGCAGCCCGGAGCCCGGGAGUUACUAAUGUGCAGACAGCUCAGAUAUGAUCUCCUGCGUGGUGCUUUGCAUACGUCGGGAACAGUGUGGGCUGCUGGAGUGUGAACUCGCCCGGGCAAUCUUUACAAGCUGAAACCCUGCACACCCCAGAAGGGCCGGGUCCCCUCCGCACUGUUCAGGAAGGUCUUGGGACCUGCUCUUGCAGCCAGGCCUGCAGCCCCUGGCAUCUCCCCAAAGUGGCCGUGAGGGUUUUCCUUCUGACAGACGGGCACGUGGAAGAAGCAAGGCACUUGGGUGGCUGCGCCUGGAGUGGGCUAUUCACAGAGCCUCUCCAGCCGUCGGGGGGGACUGACAGCUCUGAGGUUCUCCGUGUGUGUUCAGAAACUCCCAGCACCUAGCGCGCCCCACACACGAGCCCCCUCAAUGGGCCUGGACCCAGCCUCCAGCACUCCUUAUGGGGUUGACGGCGAAGCCAUGUUAUCCGCAACCUAAGCUUUUGGGGGCUGAUGCUGCGGCUCGUGGAUAUGGUCCCGUACCCAGUUUCGCCUGCAGACUCACAGCUCUGAUCCCACCUGAGACGCACUAGCAGUCACCCACGCACGGGACUGACCCCCCAUCACCCUGCCUUCUAGGGGCUGUGGCGCUGGAGAGUUACUAUGCGGCUUGGACUGUUUGCGGUGGUGGUUUUUCUAAGCUCAAUGAAUCUAACAGGCAGCAGCAAAGCAGCAAAGGGCAAGAGGCAAAGGCGAAUCAGCACUGAGCUGAGCCAGGGCUGCGCAAAGGGCUGUGACCUGUGCUCGGAGUUCAAUGGGUGCCUGAAGUGCUCCCCGAAGCUCUUCAUCCUGCUGGAGCGCAACGACAUCCGGCAGAUCGGUAUCUGCCUGCCCUCCUGCCCGCUCGGCUACUUCGGCCUGCGCAACCCUGACAUGAACAAGUGCAUCAAAUGCAAGAUCGAGAACUGUGAGUCCUGCUUCAGCCGCAACUUUUGCACAAAAUGUAAGGAGGGUUUGUACUUGCACAAAGGGAGGUGCUACAUCACCUGCCCCGACGGCUAUGCUGCCGCCAACGGGACCAUGGAAUGCAGCAGUCCUGCACAAUGUGAAAUGAGUGAGUGGGGCCCCUGGGGCCCAUGCUCCAAGAAGAGGAAGGUGUGCGGCUUCAAGAAGGGCAACCAGGACCGAACACGGAGGAUCCUGCAGGCACCCGCUGGGGACGUGUCCACGUGUCCUGCCACCACCGAGGUCCGGAGGUGCACGGUGCAGAAAAGCCAGUGCCCUGAGGGGAAAAGGAAGAGAAAGGAAGAGCGGAGCAAGCAAGAUAAGGCAAAUGGGAACAGGAACCAGAAAGACACCAAAGAUGCCAAGUCCGGCCCCAAAAGGAGGAAAGGCAAGCAGAGGGGCACCAUGGUUCCCGUGACGUCGGCUAGCCCGGUCCAAUAGCUGCCCCUUUGCAGGCACGCGAUGGCAAGAUUCGUUGCUGCUAUGUAUAUGAAAGCUUUAUCAAACCAGAGCACUGCGACGCAACACUCCCUGCCAGGCCGACAGAGAUGGACAGACACCCCUACACACCCAUGGAGCAGCCACCCAGACAUGGGACCCACAUGCCCUGCGACUCCCUGCCAUGCACGCAGAUGCAGCACAGGAUUGCAGGGUGCGAACUGCUAAGGGGAGGAAUAAGGGAACCCCCACGGCGUUAGCAGCGGGCACUGGGGCAUGCAGCGUGGAGGGCAGCGGGGCGUGCAUCCACAGGACAGCAUCUCACUGGGCAGUCAGCCGCGCAAGCCCAGGACAGCGCAGCCCCAGUCAGACGGCUCAGACUGGGACUGGCCAGCUACUCCCCUGAGCCCUGGACUCUGGGGUGGCCGGAGGCAGCAGCCUGCCCCUCCCUUCCCUCCUUCCUUUCGUGUUAUGAGCUGUAUGACUUCUUCGUGGAGAAUACAUGUUACACGUCUGUGGUACAAGUCAGCGGCAGCUGCCCUGACACUGCUUCCAAACUUUAUUUCAAAUUAAAAUAGAGGAAAAUAA